AUGGACGAUGAUGAUGACUUUGGUGCCGAUGCAGAUUUCUUAUCUGCUUUGGCUUCCUCUGCGGCUGGAAGUAACUCCAGUCAAACUAGAUCCCAACCUACCACGAACCGUGUUCAACAACCCGUUCCCCAAAGAAUCCAACAGCCAACUCCUCAAAGGAUACAGCAACCGACGCCUCAACGUUUAGACAAACCACCACCGACUUCUAACUCGGCCGCGCCUAAGAUUGUUCAACCGACACCUCAAGCUCUCCCACAACGCUCAUCCGGUUCUUCAAUUCUAGUGUCCCCGCGCCAAAAAGGGAACCCCGUAUUAGCAUCCCUACGUUCAGUGGCAUGGGAAUACAGUGAUAUUCCUGCCGAUUAUGGCCUGGGGCUAACAACAUGUGCCCUAUUUCUAAGCCUUAAGUAUCAUCGGUUACAUCCCGAAUACAUUUAUACCCGAAUUCGCAAUCUACAGGGAAAAUACAAUCUGCGCAUCCUCUUAACUAUGGUCGAUAUACCCAACCACGAAGAUUCCUUACGCGAACUCUCCAAGACCUCAUUAAUCAAUAACGUUACCAUAAUUCUUUGUUGGUCCGCUGCCGAAGCCGCGAGAUACCUCGAAUUAUACAAGUCCUACGAGCACGCGAAUUUCGGUGCUAUUAAGGGGCAGCAAGCUACGAGUUACGCCGAGAAGCUCGUCGAGUUCGUCACCGUACCUAGAGGAAUUAACAAAGCCGAUGCUAUUUCUCUGGUCAGCGCAUUUGGUAGUCUGAAGAACGCAGUCAAUGCCGACCCCGAACAGGUUGCUGUUAUUGGCGGCUGGGGAGAGAAGAAAGUGAAGAGAUGGUGCAGUGUUGUAGAAGAGCCGUUCCGAGUUCAACACGCAGCUAAGAGACGCCUUGUUGACGAGAGCAAUAGCGCAGCGGACAAAGCUAUCCCGCUGAGUCGAGUACCGUUGAGGGAUAUGCCUCGUGUGUCAGCCAAUCUGUCUCGAGGCAGUGCUAUUACAGAACCACAAGGUGAAUCGCCCUCGGAGCCUAAACAGGACCACCAAAGUCGAGAUGCUGCUAUAGAUGAUUAUGAUGAGGAAGCAAUGCUAGCGGCGGCCAUUGAAGAAUCCAAGAAGACAAUGGUGCAGGAACAGCCGUCUAGCUCGACCUCAAAAGCACGCGAGGAAGACAAACUGAGCGAUGGGAUAGCCGCGGCACUCGCAAAGCUCAGGGAUAAGGGAUAA